UUCAGCUCCACACUGACUGCUGCUCGUGCCAUGUUUGCGGAAGUGUCUGUAUGGAGCUGAAGAACAUUAGACAGUGUAGUUUAGUGAAUAAUGGACUUUAAUGCCGCAGAGUUUCAGCAAUAAACAGCCGGACAGCAGCACUGCUGUGCUCAGACUCACUAAUGAUGAACCUGCCGAAGGGACCAGACUCUCUGUGCUUUAAUAAAGACGAGUUUAUGAAGGAUGACUUUGAUGUGGACAGAUUUGUGGCCGAGUGCAGGAAACAUGUGCAGCUGGAGCAGAUGCGGGAGGACCUGGAGCAGUAUUACAGGCUCCUCAAAACUGCUAUGGUUGAGCUCAUCAACAAAGACUAUGCAGAUUUUGUCAACUUGUCCACUAAUCUUGUUGGAAUGGAUAAAGCCCUCAACCAGCUUUCUGUUCCGCUGGGCCAACUACGUGAAGAAGUGCUGAGUCUCAGGUCAGCAGUUAAUGAAGUAAUCCAAGCCAUAGAUACACAGUUGUCCAAACAAGAUGACAUUCAAAAGAAAAAGAUCAGUGUAUUGAGACUCAUACAUGUCGUUCGGUCGGUGGAGAAGAUUGAGAAAAUCCUACACUCUCAAAACGCCAAAGACACAACAUCUCUAGAAUCUAGCAGUCCUUUACUAGCUGGUCAGAUUCUCGAGCGGAUUGCCACUGAGUUUAACCAGCUGCAGUUUCAUGCGGUCCAGAGCAAAGGGAUGCCACUGCUGGACAAAGUGCGACCGAGGAUUGCUGGCAUUACUGCUAUGCUCCAGCAGUCUUUAGAGGGUCUACUAAUCCAGGGUCUGCAGACAUCCAACGUGGACAUUGUGCGGCACUGCCUCCGCACAUACGCUACCAUCGACAAGACUAGAGACGCAGAGGCACUGGUGGGACAAGUCUUAGUUAAGCCUUACAUGGAUCAGGUUAUAACUGAGCAGUUUGUGAAGUCCAGCCCUAAUGGUCUUCAGCUGAUGUAUGCAAAGCUGCUGGAAUUUGUGCCUCAUCAUUGCCGACUGCUCCGAGAGGUCACAGGAGGGACUAUUUCCAGUGACAAAGCUGACAUCGUGCCAGGUUACGACUUCCUGGUUAACUCGGUCUGGCCUGAGAUCAUUAAAGGUGUUGAGGGGCGGAUUCCCUUCCUUUUCAACCCUGGCAACCCUGAUGCUUUUUAUGAGAGAUACUGCAUUAGCAUGGACUUUGUACGGAAGUUUGAAAGACAGUGUGGUUCUCAGGCUAGUGUGAAGAGGCUCCGAGCACACGCCUCCUACCAAAGCUUCCACAACAAAUGGAACCUCCCUGUCUACUUUCAGCUACGGUAUAAGGAGAUUGCUGCAUGUUUAGAAAACGCCAUUACAGAAGGACUAGGAGCAGCUCCAGUGGGCAGCCGCUACCGUCUGCAGGUGACUGAGGUGUUAUGGAGCUGUGUGUGUAGGUGUUGGGCGGAGCACAUCUACCUGCCUCCGCUGGCUCAUCGUUUCUGGAAGCUAACACUACAGCUUCUCUCCAGAUAUGCUGCGUUCCUCACUGAGGUUCUAACAAAAACGCCGCCUCCUGAAUCUACCAAAGACCCAGUGAGGCCACUGCCAAGCUCCGCCUCCUCCACAUCAAGCCGCACCUCUCAAGAUGCAGACAGUGAGAGCGGAGGACCCACAGCUCUCUCCACCAAACAGCUGGUCUUCAUCGCAGCUGAUGUGGACCAUUUACAGGAGCAGAUUCCAGAAAUCUCUGAGCUGAUCCGAGAGAGACUUGAGGGAAUAGGAUUCAAAAUCUUUGCUCUUGUUUCAGAUGCCUUGGAAGACUCCAAAUCUGCCUUGUCUGGAUGCAUCCCAACACUGAGCAACAGAAUGACUCAGCAUCUGACGGAGAGGAGUGUCCGCUUCCUGAAGAAUGCUUCAGAAGUCCCGCGACUUUAUCGAAGGACCAACAAGGAAGUGCCAACCAGAGCCUCGGCCUACAUGGAUAACGCUUUGCGGCCACUUCAUCAGCUGGUCACUGACUCCACAGGGGUGGUGAAGGACUCCAUCAUCCAGCAGUGGCUACGUGUUACUCUUUCAGAUUGCACCCACAGAUACUUUGAGACCAUAUCUGAUGUGCUGAGCUCCGUGAAAAAGAUGGAGGAGAGUCUGAAGCGGUUGAAACAGGCGAGGAAAACAGCCACAACCAGCACAGCAGGAGCCAACACCGGCCCCUCUGAUGACUCUAAGAUCCGUCUGCAGCUGGCUCUGGAUGUGGAGUAUCUCGGAGAGCAGAUUCAGAAGAUGGGUCUUCAGCCAAGUGACAUCCCCAUGUUCUCCUCUCUGCUGGACUUGGUGCAAGAAGCAAGGGAUCUGGCCACAGCAGAGCAAGCCGGUUCCUAGGAGUCACCUUCCGGGUUUCCUCAUCCCACAUGGACUCAGCAGACACAUGCUCUAAGCAGUGAAGGGAGUAAAGGAAAAGGGCUGCCCUUAUAGUACUUAUGUUGCAAUUCUCAGAACCCUGGUGGUCUAAUUACAGUUAUUAGGCUGAAUCACAGCUGAUCUGGGAUUCCCAGCUGUAACCUUUUCCCGUGCAGUGAAGAAGCACACUACAAGAAUGUGUCUACACACUCAGAUCUUAUUUAUUCUGCAAUCAGAUCAGAUAAUAUGUAACAAAAAUGUUUAAUAUCAGAGUUAACACAGUGAGAUUAUAUAUAAUCAUGUGAAUGUGAAUUCUUAACAAGUUAGGAUUCGAGAAGUGAGUGGGGUUUGUAUGCUGUGUGUCAUGUGUCACGGUUCAUGUUGUUAUGACCUGUCAUGCACUCUUGCAUUAAGCCAUGAAAUUAGUAUGAUGACUAAUGACUCUGAAAACUGGUCUUAUUUAAAAAAAAAAAAUCGCUAUUUCAUGACCUAAGCUGACCUCAGCUUCUCUAUCAGAAUGAAUCCAUAAAACACCUCCGCCACAGUGCCUCCUCUGAGGCCUGCCAGGCAACAUGAAGCCCAGAGCCCUGUAGAGCCUCGCGGGAUUAUAUUGGCAUUUUAAACACCAUGGGAACAUGGCCGUUAUACUUUACAUGUUGUUUUACUGGACAAGAAUGGGACGUCUGUAACUUUUAACCAUAGAUUUGACAAUAAAAAAAAGGUUUGGGAUAA